CCGGGUUCUCUCUCUUGCCUAUGGUUACCGGCGAAGGAGCCAGGCAGCGGAACUCCGCUGCAGCAGAAGAGCCGGCCCCGCCAUGUCCCCCCGGUCGCUCGGAGGCCUCCUCCUCUUCCUGCUCUGCCUCCUCGGGGACGCCGUCGCUGGGAGAGACUUCUACAAGAUAUUAGGUGUACCUCGCAGUGCAUCUGUUAAAGACAUUAAAAAGGCCUACCGAAAAUUAGCCCUUCAACUUCACCCAGAUCGGAACCCAGAUGAUCCUCGUGCGCAGGAAAAGUUUCAGGAUCUUGGGGCAGCCUAUGAGGUGUUGUCAGAUGAGGAAAAGCGAAAGCAAUAUGAUGCAUAUGGGGAAGAAGGGCUGAAGGAAGGUCACCAGAGUUCCCAUGGUGACAUUUUUUCACAUUUCUUUGGAGACUUUGGUUUCAUGUUUGGAGGCAAUCCUCGUCAGCAAGACAGGAACAUUCCAAGAGGAAGUGACAUUAUUGUGGACCUAGAAGUUACACUGGAAGAGGUGUAUUCAGGAAACUUCGUAGAAGUUAUUCGAAACAAACCAGUAGCAAGACAGGCACCAGGCAAGCGAAAAUGCAAUUGCCGGCAGGAGAUGAGGACAACCCAGUUAGGUCCAGGGCGUUUCCAGAUGACCCAGGAAGUUGUCUGUGAUGAGUGUCCCAAUGUCAAGCUUGUGAACGAAGAACGAACCCUAGAAGUGGAGAUAGAACCUGGUGUGAGAGAUGGCAUGGAGUAUCCCUUUAUUGGAGAAGGUGAACCACAUGUUGAUGGGGAGCCUGGAGAUUUGCGUUUCCGAAUAAAAGUUCUUAAGCACCCAGUCUUUGAGCGAAGAGCAGAUGAUUUAUAUACAAAUGUGACUAUCUCCCUAGUGGAGGCUCUCAUUGGCUUUGAAAUGGAUAUUGCUCAUUUAGAUGGGCAUAAGGUACAUAUUGCCCGGGAUAAAAUCACAAAGCCUGGAGCCAAGCUGUGGAAGAAAGGAGAAGGUCUUCCCAAUUUUGACAACAACAACAUUAAAGGCUCGUUAAUAAUUACAUUUGAUGUAGAUUUUCCCAAAGAACAAUUAACAAAUGAACAGCGGGAAGGUCUCAAACAACUGCUAAAACAGUCAUCUGUUCAGAAAGUGUACAAUGGACUGCAGGGAUAUUGAGACUUGGAACAAAUGGACUUGUAGAUAAAUGAAAUCAGUGCUGUAAACUGCAGUCGUCUACUUCUGGUCAUUGUAGAACAAAGUUGAGGGUUAUUGGAGUGACCAUUGAAACCUCCAUUUUUACAGAUAGUGGGGGUGAUUCUGGGACUGAUCAGAAGAUGACAAAGGAAUUUCCUUAUGCAGGACACAACUGGUGCUCUAAUUGGAGCGGUUAAAGCUCCAGCAGUUAAGAGUUGGAGGGAUUUUAACAAAAGUACCACAUUGAAAUUCUGGUUUUAAAAUAUAUUUUGAUGUUACUUUUUUCUUGCCCUUCUGAAUGAAUUUUCUUGACUUUUCACUCUCCCUCUAUUUUGUCUUGUAUCACCUCUUGUAUUACUGGACCUGAUGUGAAGCUGUUAGUUAAAAACAUUUCCUUUUUUCAGAUUGGUGUCAUCCUCCAAAAAUGCUUAGUCCUUUAUAACUGUUAUUCUAAUGGGUUUGAGACAUGAAACAAUCCUACCUCUGCAAAUUUCACUUGUUACCCAAAUGUGACCUCUUUUAAGGGUCCUCACGAAUCCAUAUACUUCCUGUUAUUUCCAACAUGGAAAUGUUCUUUGGAGUGGCUCUUAGUUCUCCAUUAGGCAUUGUUAAUGAAACUGUGGCAGCUUAAUGCAUCUCUGACAGCAGGAGCUACCAUUUUACAUCUCUAAACUAUAGUGAACAUGUUGAAUACAUAAUGUGGUGUCAUAAACAGAUAAUGCAGCAAACAGUAAUUGUCAUUCCCUUAGGUAGAGUAAGUGGCUUUAACUGUGGAAUUGCAGAGGAUGCAGGAGCUAUGAGUGUGGACAAAGAAGGAAAUCCCUUCCCAUCAUUUUUCUUAAGAACUUGUUGCAUGUAGGUAGUCUGUUUCAUGCACCUAAGGUGGAGAUGGAAAAGGUGUGGCUCAUCAGAUGAUGCUGUAGCUUGGCCUGAUCUCUCACUAUUGACUUUACUGGCUGGAGCUGAUGAGAGCUGGAAUCCAACAGCAUCUUAAAAGAGAAGUGUACCAUCCUACUUUCAGCUCCAUCUACAGAUUGCAACUGCCAUUUCCCUCUAUUUCUUCAAGUUAAACUAUGUAAAUACAUUUUCUCUCUAGGCUGUGGUUCAGCAAAAUUGUUUUUGCAUUUUAAGCAUCCAAUUAAACCAGGAUACUAAGUUAUCAUUUUGUGGGAA